AUGUCUGCUACCUUAGUUAUCAACGGUAAGGCCCCAGUUGUGGCCUAUGACAGUUUAAUUGCUGCACGUCUCGUCAAUGCUGCUAGGCCAGACGCAAUCAAGAUCGAAUUUGUCGAUGAUAAGAAAUCUGCACCAGCUACUUUCAAUGGAUCUUCUGAAGGAUCAUUCAACAAGAUUGUUGCUGCUUUCCCAGAUGCUUUCAGAAAUGCUAAUGUUGCUUCUGAAUGGAUCAACGUCGCUUCUGAAGAAUUCAUCGUCAAGAAUUUCCAAAAAUUAGCUCAAUCUCUAGAAAAAUUAGAUGCCUAUUUAAACUUGAGAACUUUCAUCUCCGGUGGUCUUGAAUACUCUGCUGCAGAUAUUGCUGCUUGGGGUGCUUUAAGAUCCAACGGUAUGGUUGGUUCUAUCAUUAAGAACAAAGUCUAUGUUAAUGUUUCUCGUUGGUACAGUCUUUUAGAAAUGGACCCAUUAUUUGGAACUGUUCACGAAUUUUUAACCAAAUCUUUACAAGAAUUGAAAAAAAAUGCAUCUGCCGGUAAGAAGAAGGAAACUCACAAGGCUAACUUUGAAAUUGAUUUACCAGACGCUAAGAUUGGUGAAGUUGUCACCCGUUUCCCACCAGAACCAUCUGGAUACUUACAUAUUGGACACGCCAAAGCCGCUUUAUUGAACCAAUAUUUCGCUCAAGCUUACAAAGGUAAGUUAAUUAUCAGAUUCGAUGACACUAAUCCUUCCAAAGAAAAGACCGAAUUUCAAGAUUCUAUCUUAGAAGAUUUAGAAUUAUUAGGAAUUAAAGGUGACAGAGUCACUUACUCUUCCGAUUACUUCCAAGAAAUGUACGACUUAUGUGUCCAAUUAAUCAAGGAAGGCGGUGCUUACUGUGACGAUACUCCAACUGAAAAGAUGAGAGAAGAACGUAUGGAUGGCAUUGCAUCUGCUAGAAGAGACCGUACUGUUGAAGAAAACUUAAGAAUUUUCACUGAAGAAAUGAAGAAUGGUACUGAAGAAGGUCUAAAGAACUGUGUCCGUGCUAAGAUUGAUUAUGCCGCUUUAAACAAGACUUUGAGAGAUCCAGUUAUUUACAGAUGUAACUUAACUCCUCACCACAGAACAGGCGCUACAUGGAAAAUGUACCCAACUUACGAUUUCUGUGUUCCAAUUGUUGAUGCUCUUGAAGGUGUAACCCACGCUUUACGUACCAUUGAAUACAGGGACCGUAACGCCCAAUACGAAUGGAUGUUAAAUGCUUUACAUUUAAGAAAGGUUCACAUUUGGGAUUUCGCUCGUGUCAACUUCGUUAGAACCUUAUUAUCCAAAAGAAAGUUACAAUGGAUGGUUGACAAGCAUUUAGUCUCAAACUGGGAUGAUCCAAGAUUCCCAACGGUCAGAGGUGUCAGAAGAAGAGGUAUGACCGUUGAAGGUUUAAGAAACUUCGUCUUAUCUCAAGGCCCAUCCAGAAAUGUUAUUAACUUAGAAUGGAACAUUAUUUGGGCUUUCAACAAGAAGGUCAUCGACCCUGUUGCUCCAAGACACACUGCUGUUGUUAAUCCAGUUAAGAUUCACCUAACUGGUGAAGAUGCUCCAGAAACACCAAAGAUUGAAAUGAAACCAAAACACAAGAAGAAUCCAGCUGUUGGUGAGAAGAAGGUAAUCUACUACAAGGACAUCGUAGUUGAUAAGGAAGACGCUGAUGUUAUUGAAGUCAAUGAAGAAGUUACUUUAAUGGACUGGGGUAACAUCAUCAUUACCAAAAAGAACGCAGACGGUUCUAUGGAAGCUAAAGUACACUUAGAAGGUGACUUCAAGAAGACUGCCCACAAGUUAACUUGGUUGGCCGACACCGAAGACGUUGUUCCAGUUGAUUUAGUUGAUUUCGACCAUUUAAUCAGCAAGGACAAGUUAGAAGAAGAUGAAAGUUUCGAAGAUUUCUUAACCCCAGAAACCGAAUUUCACACUUCUGCCAUUGCUGACUUGAACGUCAAGGAAAUGAAGGUCGGUGAUGUCAUUCAAUUUGAAAGAAAGGGUUACUUCAGAUUAGACUCCCUACCAAAGGAUGGUAAGCCAUACGUUUUCUUCACUAUUCCAGAUGGUAAAUCUGUUAAUAAGUAUGGUGCUAAGAAAUAA